UCCGUCAUAAUAGGAUUGCUCCCUUUGUCGUUCUACUUCUGCUCAAAAGUCGUUCUGGUAUCUCUUGUGUCCGCAAGUUCCCAUACAAUGCAUGUCAUAUGACUCUAUCAAAAGUAUCAUCAACGACGUCAUAGUUGGUUCACGGUCUCAGCACAGAGCGUCGCCCUUGAUCACAAAGAAAUUGACAGUGAUAACAAAAACAUCGAUAUUUUUUGUGAAUUAUUUGUUGUGAAAACAAAUGGCGUGAAAUGGGAGCAUAGGCCCAUAAAUCGUAAGGGUACCCGUAUUGGAACUGUACGUAUGAAACCAGUCUUGUUUGCGUUCUUGCCACAGCCAAGCAGACACCUGUAAGACAGACAGUGAUAUUAGUUGGUCAAUGGAUGGUAAAUAGAAACUGAUCGAUACUACAUCGGUUGCAAUCGAUUCAUUUGAUAAAGAAUAGGAUACAACUCAGCUGUGAGGAAAUUCUUUGGUAUUUUUUUAAACUUUCAACGGAAACGUUCAAGAUGUGUACUAUCAACGGUAUUAAGGUGUUGCUCUUCAUCGAAAACUUCAUAUUUUGGCUGUUAGGAACUAGUCUUCUGGGAUUAGCUGUGUAUAUUUUAGUGGCUGAAAGUGUACCUGGCAUAUUACAGAUAUUUAAAGGAGCUACGACUCUGUGCUACGUUGCUAUUGGUGCCGGUGCAUUCCUGUUUUUCCUUGGUCUCGUCGGAUGUUGUGGAGCUGCAUAUCACAAUGACUGCCUCUUGAAAACGUAUAUUUUUGUGUUGAUCCUUUUGAUAUUGGCGGAGAUCGGAAUUGGGAUCUACAUUGGACUGGGCUUCGGUGAAGAGCAGAUAAGAAGCAUAUGGAACAGCAUCGAUCAGGGCAGCAAAGAAAUCGUCUAUGACACGUUCAAAUGUUGUGGAGUAGACGAUCAACUAUGCGUUACUGAAAAUCCUACUUAUGAGGUUGGCUGUAUCGGAAAGCUUCGAAAUGCUUUCAAAGAACUAAACAUUGUGACCAUUUGUGUGGCAGUUGCGGCAGCCCUGUUACAGAUACUUGCUAUCAUCAUGUCAUGCUUUCUGGCCUGCAACAGAAAGGAACACAUCGAAAACCAAGUCGUACCUUUGCAGCCACGUGGAGGAUAUCGGUAAAAAACGCAAUGGAACAAAAUAAUAAUAAAUGAUUAUUUAUGAAUUAACUAGUUGCGGAAAUUAAUACAAAUAAGAAAUAAUAAUUCGGGUAAUUUAUGCUCGGUAAGUGGAUAUUUCUAGAAGUUCAAUGGUGAGAAAUAUCACAAAGUUACAGUUUCAAGGUAAGUCGCAGUGAAUAAAAAGGUUGAAGAUUAAACAUGAAUAUGAAAGGGAACACUUCUAUAUUCUAUGAUGGUGUGAAAAUGACCUUGAAGAUUGUGAAGCAAACUUUAUAUUGCGAAAUCAUAACAAUUACAAAGCAAAAAAUUUACAACUAAAUUUAGAAAUCAGUGAUGAAUGCUAUAUAUCACUUUAUGAAAAACUGUUUUAUUCCAAAAUAAUUGGUAUCAUUUUUACCAGGAGACACUUUUUUAUACAAGAGAUCCAAAAUCAACGCCAUAUAUUGCCUUUUUCAUUUUUUUUUAUUCAUAAAAACACGAAGAGCAGUACCGUAAAAUGAUACCACAUUGUUUGGGUUGAAGUUCUUCAAAAUUAUGAUGUAUAAUUAUUCAUAGUUCAUCUAAAGUAGUUGGCCUUUUAGAGUAAUCUUUUUUUAAACUCCUGCGCCUGAAAUGUUUGGUGUGCAGUCGAGAUUUUUUUAUUUUUGUCGGAUUUGUGUAUAGUGAGUGAAUUAGCAGAACAUGUUUGUGCAAUCGUCUUUGUGUUUUUUUUUGUGUUCGAAUUUCAUAUUCUUAUUAUGAAAUGUUCCUUACAGAGGUAUGACAUGGGAAAAGAUUCAGAUUGUUCUGCGAUUUCUCGCAGGAUAUGCAAUACAAAAACUCCGGAUGAUUAUUCAAAGUAUGAUCAUGAUAAUACUUGGUGUACCGUCAAACCGCUAUAUACACUCUUUCUACUUCACCAUGGAAACCUUCAGAAGUUUUGUGAUAUUUUGUCCGAGCAACAUAAAUCAUCCUUAUUGUUUUUAAUAGGGUUUACAAUGAAAAUAUCGUGAAAGAGUGCUGGUUUUAAAUUAAUCAAUAAGUUGAUACAACAAGCCGGUUUUAUACCAAUUGCUUUAUAAAUAUAGGUUUAUUUUCUUGCUGUUCUCAGGGGCGACUGGAAUCCAGGAUUUUCCAAAAAAGGGUUCAGAAAAUUCUGACAAAAAAGGUCUUCACUUAAUAAGUAUGCCAAACAUUUCAGCUAAAAAUAUUUUCAUGGCUCUCGAGGGGGGGGGGCGGGGGCAUGGGGCGGAUGAGCCCCUCCACUUGGAUCCGCCAAUGGCUGCACUGAUAUGAUGCUUAUUUGUAGCAUCAUGCCGCCAAAUCCUAUUGGCAUUUUUGUGUGCUUGUCAUGCAUGUAUAUUGCAGCUACUUGAUCACGUUGAUGUUAUGUUUAUCAUUGGUUCUUGAUUACAUAUGAAAACUCUGUUACCCCCUCCCCUCUCAUUUUUUUUUUACAAUUUAAAUUGAAUUGUGAUAUAUUAUUCUUUCUAACUUUUCCGGCUUACGUUAUAUUUGCAUUUAUACCUUAUCUUCGGUACUGUAUAUUGUAAAUGGCUGAACAAAUAUUGUUGGAGAGUUGUUUUUGACAGUCGUCGAGUUUAUUUAGGCGUGUGAAACGAUAUUAAAUAAUACAUUGUGUCCUCAAAUG